AUGUGCUGGACUGGUGAAACUUGCAAUGUACAAUUGCAAAGGGCACCAAAAUUAACACAAAAGACAUUCGAUUUUGAAGUUAAUUCUUCAGACUGGAAAAAUGGAAGCAUUAUUGGUCGUCUUUCUCUGAAGGAUGAGAACUCUUCAAUGAAGUCAUGUGGAAGUGUGAUGUUCAGCAUUAAACAACCAUUGACAAAACAUUUACCAGUGGUUGUCAAUGCAACAAGUGGUAUUCUGAAAGUGAAUAGCAUUUAUGAAGAAAUGAAGGAUGAAUUUCCAUUUAUCUUUCAAGUAACUGUUAUGAAUGCGGAUGAUUCUUUGAAUAUGUCUGAUGAAGCAGUGGUCAAUAUUUUAAUCAAUGAAAGGUAUUCUGAUGAGGAGACAGAAACAGAGAGUGCCAUUGUAAAGAGGGCUUUUAUAACUCCACCAACGAAUAUUGAUGUGAAAUUUUAUCGACUAUAUCCCACAGAUAAUCCAAAUUACUGUCUUUAUGAUGAAUGGUUUAUUGAUAUGGUGAUGAUAUUACCACCAGGAAAUCACAAUUUAUUGAUUAAUUUAUUUGGUCCAUCAUUCAAUAAACUGUAUUAUGGAUAUAUUGAAUAUUUAUUUGCUUAUUAUAAUGGUAGCAAUAUAGUGAAUAAUUAUUCAAUUCAGUUCAGUAAUUUCAUAUAUUUAGGCAAUCAUUCUAUGCCUGCAGUGUUCACCAUGUCGUAUCGGGUCAGUGUUUCAUCUGCUCCUACUAAUAAUACAAAUGAUUUCAGUAUCAAGAUAAGAUUCAAAGUUGGUCUUUCUCCGGAAAAGCCGAUUCUUCCUCAAGGUACCAAUUUAAUUAUCGAAAUGGAGGCAUUAUUAACUCCGAAGAUUACUAUGGAACUUUCCAUGGUAGUUAGUACAAAUUGUCCAGUGCAAUCUGACCUCGUCACUUUCGUAAAUUGCCCUCAAACAGUGGAUUUCGGUGGAGUCUAUGAAUAUACAAUUGAUUAUUUCAUAAGUAGACCUUUUGGAGAUUACAUAUUCACUUUUAGUACCGAUGAAUAUAGUGCUUCUAUCGGCCAUUUAUCGUUGACGCUCCCUCCAACAUUCUCAGCAUAUCCAGUAGAUUAUAAAAUCGACACAGAACAGCUAGUUUUCUCGAAUCUGAUACUGACAACGAUUGGUUAUGUUAGUGUGACAAAUCUACAAAAUUUCGGGGUUUAUGACAACACUUUGCCAGCAUACAAUCGAUCAGUUCGUCUAACAGCCUUUAUAAUAAUCCCGGCAUCAAGUUUACGAUCUAUUAAGUUUGAAGCAAAGAUGUCACCAUCAGGAAAGUCUUCUACAGUGAACUAUUGUGAGAGCGCUGUCACUUGGUUUUCAACUCCUAUUAAUGAUAAAAAUAACUUCAUUACAAUAACGGAUACUCCAAUGAAAUAUGAAGCAGAAAAAUUGCAAUUCUUCACAAUUCAACUGACUAUGACACCGUUCACAGCAGGAAUAUAUGGUAUCCGAAUGAGUAAUCAAGGUAAACUAACUGCCGAACAGAGUUCCGUGGAUUAUUUGAUUACAGAAAAAUAUAAUGCGAAGAAAGCAAGUUUAAUAUAG